CUUCCGCUCUCUGGCGCGCUUCCGUUUCAAACCCUAACUUCCGGUUCGUUAGCCGGUUCCGGUCCCCGCCUCUCACUUCCGGUCGCCUUGGAUUCCGCUGCGGUCGGUUCCUGCGUCCGCUCCUGCCGGUUCCGCCGCGCUCCAGGUAUCUUUCUGAACAAAAGCUGCCUCAUCGUAUGUUUCAAGGAUGGCUCUUCCUAUCAUUGUAAAAUGGGGUGGACAGGAAUAUUCAGUGACCACACUUUCAGAAGAUGAUACUGUGCUAGAUCUCAAACAGUUUCUCAAGACCCUUACGGGAGUAUUACCAGAACGCCAGAAGUUACUUGGACUCAAAGUUAAAGGCAAACCUGCAGAAAAUGAUGUUAAGCUUGGAGCUCUCAAACUGAAACCAAAUACUAAAAUCAUGAUGAUGGGAACUCGUGAGGAGAGCUUGGAAGAUGUCUUAGGUCCACCUCCUGACAAUGAUGAUGUUAUUAACGACUUUGAUAUUGAAGAUGAAGUAGUUGAAGUAGAAAAUAGGGAGGAAAACCUACUGAAAAUUUCCCGCAGAGUAAAAGAGUACAAAGUGGAAGUUUUGAAUCCUCCCAGGGAAGGGAAAAAACUUUUGGUACUAGAUGUUGAUUAUACGUUAUUUGACCAUAGGUCUUGUGCAGAGACUGGGGUAGAAUUAAUGCGGCCAUAUCUUCAUGAAUUCCUAACAUCUGCAUAUGAGGAUUAUGACAUUGUUAUUUGGUCUGCAACAAAUAUGAAGUGGAUUGAAGCUAAAAUGAAAGAGCUGGGAGUGAGUACAAAUGCAAAUUACAAGAUUACCUUCAUGUUGGACAGUGCUGCUAUGAUAACAGUGCAUACUCCAAGGAGAGGAUUAAUAGAUGUAAAGCCUCUUGGUGUUAUAUGGGGAAAGUUUUCGGAGUUUUACAGCAAAAAAAACACCAUCAUGUUUGACGACAUAGGAAGAAAUUUUCUAAUGAACCCACAGAAUGGACUAAAGAUAAGACCUUUUAUGAAAGCACACCUAAAUCGAGAUAAAGACAAAGAACUUUUAAAAUUAACCCAGUACCUCAAGGAAAUAGCAAAAUUAGAUGACUUUUUGGACCUAAAUCACAAAUAUUGGGAAAGGUAUCUCUCAAAGAAGCAAGGACAGUAGUUACAAGCUAUACUGGCAGUUAUUGAAGAUACUUGAGAUCCAUGAACUUCUUUUUGCUUCUAUGCUAAAGAUCAUUAUGAUAGUGCUGGACACUGCAGCAAAUAUCAGACUGCUUAUACUUGGUCUUCCAGUUUUUUGUAAAUUUAAUUUUAUAUUUUUUGAAGAUCAUAGCAAUACGCCAAAAAAAAACACAAAAAAACCCCACCUUUUUCCCCCUGUAUGAAUAUACCGUAACUCUUGAAAAAUAUUUUCUCCAACAUAGAGUACUGAGUUUUAUUCCCACACACACACACAAAAGUGGACAAAAAUGUAUGCUUAACAAUGUCAUUUUGUGACUUUGGAAAUAAGUAUGUCUUGUGUGUUUGUCUCACUGUGUUGUUGUCUAAGCCCAAACCCACCUUGAAACUACUGUUUUUAAAACCAAAAAAAGAAAAGUUUUUAGUAAGGAACCUAGUUUAGUAUGCUUAAAACCACUGAGAGUUUUUCUUAUUCCUUUGUCAUAAACACAAUUUCUCUUAUUACUCCACUACCUACAUCUCUAAAUUCUGAGCUGUCUCAGUUUGGUGUGUAUGUGUGUCAGUGUUCUUUGAGUAAAACUGGAAAACGUCUGCUCUGAUACAGGUAUGUCAUAGUGUGACAAAUAGAAAACAUGAGACUGAGGAAUGAAACUAAGGAACAAGAGUGUGUUUCUUUGUGGUGGCCAAGUAGAAGCACUCCUGCCUAAAACCGUUGUCCUAAAAGCAGUUAAAGGCAGUACCUUUUAAAAUGGGACGUAUCACUGGUUCAGUCCUAAAAAGCAUGAACAAAAAGUUUUUGUUCUGUUCCAGCUCUGUCUUCUCUAAGUGCAAACACUGUGUUGCAGUGAAAAUAUCUAGCCAUAAGAUUAACGAAAUUUAUUUGCAAUGCUUUUGCCUGCAGAUAUGUAUUGUGACCACUGUUUUGUGUUGACAGUAUUGCUUUAUACAGUUCUUCUAUUUGAAAGGAAUCUGGUUCUUUCAAAUAAACAUGGUAUGUAUUGUUCUUACGGGGGACUAUUUCAGUGGUGUAAAUAAUAAAUUCCUUUUCUUAAAACAUCAGUUAUCUGCUCUGUAUUAUCCCAAAUAUUUUGCCUCUUUGUUGAAUCAUGAAACAAACACUAGGUUCAGGCAGGCAUCUCUUGAAAAAAAUUAAAUGUGUAUGGUUUUAAAAGUUUGGGAACCCCUAAUUAAGAUGAUUCAAUGAAAACGUCUUAAUUAUGAGGCUCAAUUUAAAUAUUUAAGGAUCGAAUAGAAUUUUUUAAAGCAUUUCAUUGGCACAUUUUCCCAGUGUGAAAAGUAGUUUAUUAUUCCAAGGUAAGGAAGGCUUUAUCCUUUUUAAAAAACUGAACACUUAAAACUAUUUAUAUAGGUUGAUAAAGAGCAAACAUUUUCUAAAUCAGUAUAAACUGAACUGCAAAAAUUAGCAAGCCUCAGGAAGCAAAGCAAAGUAGGUUCUAAAAAAAAUAUAUUUUCUGCCAUUAGGUGGUGCCCAAACCAAAGUUUAUUAGCAGGUAUGCUAAAUUAAGCAGUCCUAGGAGAACAUUGUCAGCUUAUUGAAAUCACAUGUCUUUGUGUGGUUAAUACAUUCAUAGAGUGUGAGAAUUUUAGUGUGUCUUAUGUGUCUCAUAAUUUAUUGAACAGAUCUAUCUCUGUAUUUCUAUGUAUGUGGCGUACACAGCAUAACGAGGAGAUGACUUAAUUCAGAUGCAUGUUUUAGUGAAAUAGCAAAUUAAUUUUAUGAUGUAUAUGUUCCAGACUUGCAAACAAUUAGUGCCUAAUAAAGUAUAUUUAAUCUAAAAACUGCAGAACAUCAUUAAAUCUUUGAUUUAGAAGGCAGUUUGAGACCUGGUAGCCCCUCAGGUCCUUUAUGAAAAUCAAGUUACUGGAUUAAUGAUAGCUGUAGGAUUUACUCAGUUUUAAAGGUAAAGAAUAGAUAAGCAGGUCAUUACAGUAAGGAACUGCAACAUGAUCUUCAUUCAUAGAAAGGAAAAUGGUUGUCUUUUGGGAGGAGGUGGAGCUGUGUGGGAAUAGGGAUUGGUAAGGAAGGGUAUGCAAAACAACAACAACACAUGGGAAAAUGCAAAUUAUAUAGGGUUUUUCUUGGUUUUUUAAUGAGUUAGUUGCCAAGAAUAGUAAUAAAAUAUGUGAAUAGUGAAUAAACUGGUUGAGCAUUUUUCUCAUCCCAAGCAAUCAACAGAACUCUCUCAAGGAACAGAUUGUUAGUUUUCCCUAAAGUAUUGAUAUAUCAAAAUUUAUUAAUCUGGGCUUCCUUGGUGGCACAGUGGUUAAGAAUCUGCCUGCCAAUACAGGGGACACGGGUUCAAGCCCUGGUCCGGGAAGAUCCCACGGAGCAAAUAAGCUGCAGAGCAAAUAAGCCCGUGCACCACAGCUACUGAGCCCGUGUGCCACAACUACUGAAGCCCAUGCACCUAGAGCCCGUGCUCUGCAACAAGAGAAGCCACCGCAGUUAGAAGCCCGUGCACCGCAACAAAGAGUAGCCCCCACUCACUGCAACUAGAGAAAGCCCGUGUGCAGCAACGAAGACCCAAUGCAGCCCCAAAUAAAUAAAACUAAAAAAAAAAAUUAUUAAUCUUAUUAGCUGGAAUAGCAGCCCAAGUGGUGUCUCGAGAGAUUAAGUGCUUAGAUAUUUAUGUAAGGAUAUGCUGGGUUUAAUUUUAUUUUUGGCUGCGUUGGGUCUUCGUUGCUACGCUCAGGCUUUCUCUAGUUGCGGAGAGCGGGGGCUACUCUUCCUUGUGGUGCGCGGGCUUCUCAUUGCAGUGGCUUCUCUUGUUGCGGAACAUGGCCUCUAGGCGCACGGGCUUCAGUAGUUGCGGCACACGGGUUCAGUAGUUGUGGUGCACGGGCUUAGUUGCUCCGUGGCAUCUUCCCGGACCAGGGCUCAAACCCGUGUCCCCUGCAUUGGCAGGUGGAUUCUUAACCAUUGCGCCACCAGGGAAGCCCGAUAUACUGGUUUUUAGAAUUGCCUUAGAAAAGCUGUGUGGGGCUGUGUGGGAAUGCUAAGUAUAUAGAGCUUAAGGAGAAAUCCUUGAAGAUUAGUUGGAUAGAUUUAUCAGAGACCUCUGAGAAACUAAUGCAUCUUAACAAUUGAAACAGAAAUCAGUAUCAGGCAUCCCGUAGAUUUAGAAAAGGGUGUCAAUCAUUUAAUGUCAGCGAGGUUCCACGUAGAACGUAAAAUCUUAAAAACCUCCCAUGCUAAUGAUUUUUUAAAACUCUGGAUGUAAGCAAGCACUUCUUAAAUGCUAGUAUAAGGAUAUUUCCUGAUACACAGUGUUACUUAUUAAAACACUGAUUUCCUUCUGAAAAGCUUUAAAAGUUGAACCUGUAGUUUGUAUUGAUAAAAACUAUGGGAAACCAGUCUUUAAAAAUACCAAAAACAAAGAUAUUUUCAUAAGUCAAUAUUGCCACAACAAACACAGAUUAGAUUGUGUAUAAUUUGUGAUGCUAAAGGCCAAAUUGAUGACUUUUCAGGAAUAUAUAGAUUAUCAAAAUGAAGUAAUUUUUGAUUGAAUGCCAAUCACUUAAUUCUAUUUACAGUUCUUUUUUAUGUUUCACUCAUAAUGCCUUUGAGAUUUUUUUAUUUGAAGUAGAGUUGCUGUACAAUAUUUUAUGAGUUACAGGUAUACAAUAUAGUGAUUCACAAUUUUUAAAGGUUAUACCCCAUUUAUAGUUAUGAAAUAUUGGCUAUCUUCCCUGUGUUGUAUAAUAUAUCGUUAUAGCUUAUUUUAUACCUAAUUGUUUGUAACUCUUACUCCCCUACCCUUAUAUUGCCCUCCCCCCUUCCCUCUCCCUACUGGUAACCACUAGUUUGUUCUCUGUAUCUCUGAGUCUGCUUUUUUUGUUGUUAUAUUUACUAGUUUGUUGUAUUUCUUAGAUUACACAUAUAAGUGAUAUCAUAAACUAUUUGUCUUUUUCUGUC